AUGGAUAAUAACCUUACAAAACGUUCUGCACAGCGAGAGCGGGGAGAUAGAGUUAAUGGACAUCAAAAUAAAUUAACAGGUACCAAACUCACCAGACGUCGUAUACCCUUGUCUUGUCAGGCUUCAAGGGGAGAUGUAGCCAUCACUACUUGCUCAUACGCCGACAAGAAUGAUAGUAGAGUAUCAAGCUCUUCUACCUUGAAACCGGAACAUGAAGAUAUGAGAGCACGAAUUUAUCGACUUGAAAACUCUAUUCUAUCCAUGAUCUCUAAGGAGGAAAUAAAUAAAAAUCCUCCCAUCUCACCAAGUCUAGAAGAGGAUAAUGAUGAUCACGUGGGUCAGGCAGGUGGUCAAAAACCUUCGGUUGAUACAAGAAGUACACAUUGGGAUUCUAUUCUCAAUGAUCUUGGAGCAAUGAAGGAUGCAUGGGUUGAUGACCAUGAUCAAAUAGAUACAACAUUACCACCAGCCACUAUUUCUCAUCGACCGAGUCUUUUGGGUGGUCUUACUGAACCACCUGAUCGUUCAACAAUACUUUCAUCUUUACCUACAAGAUUAGAAGCGGAUAAACUUAUUGAUCGAUUCUUUGCAAGUUAUAAUCCUUCUAUACCGGCAUGCUAUUUAUUUCAUAGACGGACAUAUCUCAAACAGAUUGAACAAUUUUGGGCAAAACCUUACAAUGCUAGGAUUAUCUGGAUUGGUCUAUACUUUUCAACAAUGUGUAUGGCCCUACAAUCAUAUGCUCGCAAUAAAGAUACACCUCCUGAAUACCGUGAUACAUUGGCAAAAAUCACAGAUCUAUAUCGUAUUCGUACAGCUCAAUGUUUGAUCAUAGCUGAUAUAACAAGACCUGUUUAUCUGAUGAUAGAAAUAAUGCUAUGUUAUGCAUUCAUCGAGUAUUCAUAUGAACGAGAUGGUGAUAUGGGUACUUGGCUUUUAUCAGGAACCAUUAUGCGUUUGGCUUUACAACAAGGAUAUCAUCGUGAUCCGGAACAGCAUGCUGGUCUCAGUGUGUUUGAGAGUGAAAUGAGACGUCGAGUUUGGAUUAUUGUUACACAACAUGAAUUAUUGUUCUCUGUUCAAAUUGGCCUACCAAAAUCAAUUAAAUUCGCCGAAUGCGAUACCAAAGAACCCAGCAAUCUCCUCGAAGAAGAGCUAUCCGAGUACAUGACCGUCCUCCCUCCAUCUCGACCUGACACAGAAAACACUUAUAAUUGUUACCAACGAGUAAAGUUCUGUAUUAUGCGAGCAUAUGGCUAUAUCAUCGAAUUCCUCCACAUCGUCGAACCCCAACCCUACAUAGAAGUAAUCAAACUCGACGAAAUGCUCAAAAAAUACCACGAUCGAAUUCCCCUCCACCUACAACUAAGUACUCUAUCCCAAAUGGCAUCCGAAACCCCCGCCUUCAUAACCGAGAAAUUCUUCCUCCAAAAAUUCUACUACAAAAGCACCCUCCUCCUCCAUCGCAAAUACUGGUACGCCACGCUCCCUGAAAACCCAGAUGAAUUCCGUUGGUUCUCAAGACGAAUGUGUGUUUCCUCCUCAAUGGCUCUCUUAAAUAUCCAAGUUAGCAUGCAUGAAGCGAGUCAACCGGGUGGGAUUCUGCAACAUAUGAAAUGGUGGCAAUUUUCCAUUACCAAUCAUGACUUUUUACUCGCGGCUAUGAUCAUGUGUCUAGAUCUUAAUACAAAUCAACGGACCGAUCCGGGAUCUGAACGGAUGAGCUAUUGUCCUGUUGCGGAAAAGGGGAAAUUGGAUGCACUAGUGAGGGCGAGAGAUAUUUGGGGGGAGAUUAGUGAGGAGUGUAUUGAUGCUGAACGUGCGGUGGGUCUUCUUACGAGUUUGAUUAGGAGGUUGACGGUGAACGUUCAGAAUCAUGUCGCAUUGAAUCUCAACCCGGAUCCGAUUAAACAACCUCCCAUUAAUACUAUUGAUGUGUUUGUGGAAGCGGUUCCAAAUACGAGUAUACCGGUUUGCAAUAAUGGACUUGUCCCGACAACGAUAAAUUACGAAAUGGGAGAUAAUUUGAAUACUAGUAUGAUCCCGGAGAAUAUGUUUGAUACUGGGGGGAUCUUUGGAACUUUUGGGGGGCAGGCUGAUGGACCGGGUGACUUUGAUUGGGAUGCAUGGGAUCAAAUAACCAUUGGUCCUCAAGCUUUGGGACAAGAGAGGGAUUUUGAAAUGCAGACUCAAUAUUUUUAA